AUGGAUAUGAUUCGAAUGAAGGUGGGGAUGAAUUUUUCUGUUGCAAACCUGUGGGGUAGCAUUUGGGUGCUUUAUAAAUCUGUUUUUGAUUGCCAAACGAUAUGUGAGUCAGAUCAACAUCUCACUUUAAGCCUCCGAUCCCAAUUAUUGGCUGAGGAGAUCUACUUUUCAUUUAUUCAUUCGAAGUGUACCAUCCAGGAGAGGGAAGGUUUAUGGAUCGAGUUGUUGAAUGACAAGCCGGAGGCACUUAGACUAUGGUUAAAGGAAUCUAUUGGUGACAUCUUCUUAGCGAUUCAGACAGCAGAACAGAUGGUGCUAGAAGCUAAAAUAGAUCAUGAUAACCAUCCAUCAGAAACGUCGUUGGUGGCUUUACAAGAGGCACGUGCAAGAUUGAAGCAUACUUUGGAUAAUGAGAUGUUGACUGAGGUUCCAUCUAUGCAGGAAGUAAAGGAAGGAGGAAAUGUGAUGCUCAAGCUGGAUAUGAUGAAGGCAUAUGAUAGGGUGUCUUUUUUUAUACGAGUGCUUCGUCGGUUUGGGUUUAGUGAAGUUUGGAUCGAUAUGAUAUGGAGACUGAUAUCGAAUGUUUGGUUUUCUGUCUUUGUCAAUGGCUCGCCCCAGGAUUUCUUUAAGUCCUCACGGGAUUUGAGACAAGGUGACCUAAUUUCGACAGCCUUGUUCGUUAUUGGUGCAGAGGUCUUGUCCCGUUCACUCAAUACGCUUGCGGAGUAUAAAAGAUUCAGACCAUUCAAAGUCCCUAGAGGCUGUUCUAUGGUCACACAUUUGGCCUAUGCAGAUGACGUAGUCAUUUUCACUAGCGGCCUUAAGGCUUCAAUAACAUUGGUCAAAGGAGUAGUCGAUGAAUACUGUGCAUUUUCCGACCAGCGUGUUAAUUGUCAGAAGAGUUGUUAUUUGUGGUUAUCUCAUUCGGGGAGUCAUUGCUUCCUUAGAAAGGGUGAUGGCAAAUUUUUUGUGGAGUUCGAUGAAUAUGGGCCAGAAAUUUCAUUGGUUAAGUUGGGAGAGUUAUGCCGUCCACAUCAGGAGGGCGGGAUUGAGUUCAUAGCUUGGCAAAGUUGCUACGUUGUGCGUCUUCCCCAAAUGGACCUGCUACGUAGAUUUGGGUACAGGGUCCAUCUAAGUGUCAUUGUUGUUCUGAGCCAGCAGAUGACGAGGUCGUUUAUCGUACAUUACCUAUGCUCAUCUGCUGGAAAUUAUGGAAAGCGAGAAACAGGACUGUUUGAUGGAAGGAAGGUGGCGUGGACGGAGGUGGCAAAUCAGUUUACACGCGGAGCUCGAGACCAUACUCUUUGGGGUGCAGCUCUGUGUUGCUUGAGGCUUACAAGACUUCCAUGUUGA